GUGUAGAUCACUGAGAGACUACGAGGGUCCGGUUCAGUUUUAAUUCUGUCUCUAAUCUCUGCAACAGCGGCGCUUCCCGGGCCCCGCGGCUCCAGCGCCCGCUCAGCCGCGGCCGGCCGCCGGGCGAAAGAUCAGAGCCGCCUCCGCCCCAUCACCCGCCAUGGAAACCCUCCAAGAAAAAGUGGCCCUGGACGCGCGUGCCUGAGGAUUCCGCACAAAAGAGGUGCCCAAAAUGAAGACCUUGAUGCGCCAUGGUCUGGCAGUGUGUUUAGCGCUCACCACCAUGUGCACCAGCUUGUUGCUCGUGUACAGCAGCCUUGGCGGCCAGAAGCAGCGGCCCCCGCAGCAGCAGCAGGCGCCGGCGACCGGCAGCGCGCAGCAGGCGGCGGAGAGCAGCCCCCAGCCGCGCCCCGGGGCCCCCGCGGGACCGCGGCCGCUGGACGGAUACCUCGGCGUGGCGGACCACAAGCCCCUGAAAAUGCACUGCGGGGACUGCGCUCUGGUGACCAGCUCAGGGCAUCUGCUGCACAGUCAGCAAGGCCCCCAGAUUGACCAGACGGAGUGUGUCAUCCGCAUGAAUGAUGCCCCCACGCGCGGCUACGGGCGCGACGUGGGCAAUCGCACCAGCCUGAGGGUCAUCGCACAUUCCAGCAUCCAGAGGAUCCUCCGCAACCGCCAUGACCUGCUCAACGUGAGCCAGGGCACCGUGUUCAUUUUCUGGGGCCCCAGCAGCUACAUGCGGCGGGACGGCAAGGGCCAGGUCUAUAACAACCUGCAGCUCCUGAGCCAGGUGCUGCCCCGGCUGAAGGCCUUCAUGAUCACCCGCCACAAGAUGCUGCAGUUCGACGAGCUCUUCAAGCAGGAGACUGGCAAAGACAGGAAGAUCUCCAACACUUGGCUUAGCACUGGCUGGUUCACAAUGACGAUCGCGCUGGAGCUCUGUGACAGGAUCAAUGUUUAUGGCAUGGUGCCCCCAGACUUCUGCAGGGAUCCCAAUCACCCUUCAGUACCUUAUCAUUAUUAUGAACCUUUCGGACCUGAAGAAUGUACAAUGUACCUCUCCCAUGAGCGAGGACGCAAAGGCAGUCAUCACCGCUUUAUCACGGAGAAACGAGUCUUUAAGAACUGGGCACGGACAUUCAAUAUUCACUUUUUUCAACCAGACUGGAAACCAGAAUCACUUGCUCUAAGUCACCCUGAGAGUAAACCUGUGUUCUGAGGAAUGAGCGUGCUGCACUGUGAUCCCAGGUACCCUCUGUAUCAGACACCAGGACCUUGAACUUCCUGAGUCACCAGACAGGAAAGGGAACAGAGCUGGUAGCAGAAGACAGCGUCACCCCUUAAGAAGUGCUAUGGACAGAUGCCUACCAGGCGUGACUACAAAGCAGUGCAGUUGGUUUGUAAGGAAAAUUCCAAAAUUAAUACAACCAAAUGAGUGUUGUCCCUUUCAAAGGUUUUACCUUCAGAGCUAACGCUCAUUUCAAAAACAUUUCAGAUCUCUUAGUAUUGCCUUCAAAACUGAAACAUGAGCAACUCAACAAUAUUAGUUGCAUUCCUUUAUAGAAAUACCAUGUCAAAAGACAUUUUUCUAUCAAGUUGUAUCCUUUCCUGAUCUAUAACCUUUGUCAUCUGUUAGACUCUGUAUGUGUGAUUUGUAAAAAGCAGCCUGAAAGGAUAGACAAGAUUUCUGAAGAGCACAUCUCCACUGACUUUCAUAAAGCAAAUGUCCACUAUUUAUUUACUGAGAGUUUUUUAGUGCACUCUAGGCCAGUAUUUUUAUAGAUUAUGAUUAUGUGGUAAUUUGUCCUUCCUAGCUCUUUAAUCCUGAAUGAUGGUUGGAAAUGGCCUAGAAUUGGGUUGAUGAGUUACUGUGUUCACAAUGCUCAUUGUUAGCAUGCAAUUGGUAUUUGACUUAGAAAUGUUGUGUUGCGUUUUUUGAACCCCCAGGCUUCAGGAAAAUUGUUCUUUCAUAGAAAGAAUAGCUAUGGCGUUUUCUAAUGUGCAGAAAUGCUCCAAAAGGACAAGACUGAAAACCAAAAACUGUAUUAUUAAAACAAAAAGAUGCUAACAAGAGAAA